CCAUGUGCUUAUCUUGAUGAGAUGCAGGAUGCACUCCAAAAGGAGUUUGGUCUUGAGACCUCCACUACUACUCUUCUUGCUGUUGUGCGAGCCCUUGAUUACACCAACAAACAUGUUUCAAAGUGUGCUCUCGAGCGUGAUGACUCUCAGUGUGCUGUAUUUUGGUAUGUGAUUGGGAAAAUUGCACCUGAUCCAAAUAUGUUGGUCUUUCUCGAUGAGGCCUCAAAGAAUGAGAAAACACCUGGACAGUUGAAGGGGUGGUUGUUGAGAGGUACAAGGGUCUAUCAGAGGUGGUGCUUUAUCCAUGGAAAGUGGUACUCUAUCCUGCCUGCCAUCACUCUCAAUGGAAUCGUGGCUCGAGAGAUUGUUGAUGGUUUAGUUACCACUAAGCAGUUCUGUGAUUUUUUGCGCUAUUAUGUUAUUCCACUUACAAAUCCAUACCCUGGUCCUCGCAGCUGUAUCGUACUUGAUAAUUGUUCAAUUCACCACUCAGAAGAGGUUCGGAAAAUUAUUGAAGAUGAAGCAGAGUGCAAAAUGAUCUUCCUCCCAUCCUAUUCCCCCGACUAUAAUCCUAUCAAACUCGCCUUCUCUGCUAUCAAAGCCUAUCUCUGCUGCCAUUAUGAGGAUAGCUGUCUAAUGACAAUCCAUGAUGCAUGUGAUAGCAUCGGACCGUGGAAGGCACUAGAGUGGUUUAGAAUAUGUGGUUAUUAUAGCUAG